UCGUAGUACGUAGUCGUCGUGAGUGCACAUAUAUCAAAGUAAGGGCUCCUCCGAAAAUAAGAACGUAUAUCGAUAAUUAUGUCAAAUUUGGUUUUACGUUUAUUGAAAAAGAUGGUGUCCAAAAGCCUCAGUGUGUUAUUUGUCACGUUGUAUUAAGUAACGAUGCCCUCCGACCUAGUCGACUAGAACGACAUUUAACCACAGCUCAUCCGAUGCUAAAAGGAAAACCUAAAGAGUUUUUUGUUGCUAAAAAAAAAAUGUUUAAGUAAAAUGAAAAUUGAUCAUACUGAGAGUUUCAACAGAAUAAUAAAAAAAAUGUUGAAGCUUCAUAUCACAUCGCCUUCAUGGUGGCUCAGCAAAAGAAACCCCAUACCUUGGGUGAAACAUUAAUUAAACCUAGCAUACUUACAGCUGUUGAAAUAGUACUUGGUGAAGAAAGCAAAAGGAAAAUAGCUCAAAUAUCUCUUUCAGAUAAUACAGUGAAACGACGUAUAGAUGAAUUAGCUUUGGACAUUAAAAAUCAGUUGAUUCAUAAAUUAAAACAUUCCGUAUUCUUUGCAAUCCAAUGUGAUGAAUCAACUGAUGUGGCCAAUUGUUGCCAGCUAUUAGUUUACUGCCGUUUUAUAAAUGAACAGUCCAUCGCAGAAGAACUUCUAUUUUCUCAGGCUUUAAAUUCCACCUCAAAAGGCAGCGACGUUUUGUCUGCCAUUGACAUAUUUUUUGAUCAGAAUGGUUUGUCUUGGAAAAAUGUUGUAGGUGUCUGUACAGAUGGUGCUCCUGCAAUGCUAGGGUCAAGAUCGGGUUUUGUAAGCCUAGCAAAAAAUAAAAACCCAUCAAUAAUCGGUUCUUAUUGUGUAAUACACCGACAAGUUUUAUCUGCAAAAACGCUGCCAUUUGAACUUAAAAAUGUACUUGAAGUAUGUAUAAAAGUUGUUAAUGCCAUCAAAAGCAGUACACUUAACUCUCGUCUUUUUAAGAUUCUUUGUUCAGAGCUGUCCGCGGAACAUUCUGUUUUAUUAUUCCAUACAGAGGUUCGUUGGUUAUCAAAAGGGAAUAUGUUUGAACGUUUGUACGAAUUAAAAUCUGAAGUGGAAAUUAUGCUUUUACAAUUAGGAAGACAAUCUUCGUGAGAAUUUUACCGAUGAAAACUUCACAUUCUACUUUGCGUACCUAGUAGAUAUUUUUGAAACUAUUAAUAACCUAAAUCUCAAAUU